AUGAGCGGGUAUGAAGCUGAAGACUUCAGCAGACUUUCAGAUGCCAAAAGAUCCGUUCUCAGUGAAGACUUCUGCAGAAUUCACCUCCUCUUCCCGUCAACCGAGGUUAGCCGCGGCUUGCUUCAGUUUGCCGAAGGCAAAGCAUUGGGCCCCGAGGGGCUUUUCUGGUUGAAGGUGAACCUCGCAAAUCUCUUCGGCAAGAAUAAGGUCUCUCUGGAGGAUCGCGCUGCCUGGGUGGAUGCUCAAAGGGAGACCAUUGUCAAGGUGGUCAAGGACCCUCUGAAGGCUGAGAACGUGGAGUGGUGGUCCAAGGCUGAUGAUGGGCCAUGGCAGGCUUUAGCCCGAUGCUUUGAGUUGGAGGAGAUCUGGGCCAGUCCUCGCCCGCAGGAAUACAUCAGUCAUCUUCCAGUUCACAUGGAUGGAUCCUGCAAUGGACUGCAGCACUACGCGGCGCUGGGUCGAGAUGUCAAGGGGGGCGAGGCGGUGAACCUGGUGCCGGCGGAGAAGCCACAAGAUGUCUACACAGUGGUGCUGAAUGUGGUGAAGAGGAAGGUGCAAGAAGAUGCAGAUUCUACAGACGAGAGCAAGGAGGUCAAACGGGUCAAAGCACGGCGGCUGCAAGAGUUGGACGUGCUCCAGCGGAAGGUGGUGAAGCAGACCAUCAUGACGAUUUGCUAUGGAGUCACCAGAGCAAUGUCGGAGGCGCAGGCGCGGGCGUUGCUCACGCAAGCGGAGAGGCACAAUGACGAGGAGGAGAGCAAAGAGGCGGAGGCCAAGGCUGAGGAGGCUUUGAGAUAUCUUAGAAGCACGCCCGAGGCGAUCCCAGGCCCGGCCGAUGCGGUGCGGAUCUUGGCUCUCGUGAGCUCCUCCAGGGGCGAGCGAAAGGCCGCGCUGCAGCGCAUCGCCGCCGAGAGGGCGCUGCUGAAAAGCCCACGGGCGCAGGCCGUUUUGACCUUAGCCUUUGCCGAGAUUGCCAACUCCCGAUGCGGCAGCAAGCGUCGCGAGGAGGCGCUGAAGGCCGCGCUGGAGGCCGUCGAAGCCUUCCGCAGCCUUGGGGAACAACGGAUGGAGGGGUGGGCCUUGGUCGCGCUGGCUCAUACGCACGUGCAAAGAGGCACCAAGAGUGAGAUCCCAGAAGAACUGGACCGCGCCUUGGACGCUGCCAGCCAAGCAGAAGAGCUGCUGCGCGCGGUGGGCGACCGGGUAGGUGAAGGGAAGGCCUUGCAUACCAUUGCUGUGGCGCUCUCCUUCCAAAAUGAGGUGGACGAGGCGGUGGCGCGCUCGCGGGAGCUGGUCUCCUACUGGCGAGACCUGGGCUAUCGACGCCUCGAGGCUUUCCAGCAGGAGUGUGUCAGCGAAUGGGAGCUGGCACGCCAUCGGCCUGAGGAGGCUUUAGAGGCAGCGCAAGCAGCCUUGGAGCAGAAGGCGCUACGCGAGGCGCAGGAGACGGCCGACGUUCGCAUGCCGUCGCGGUCGGCGGCGGCGCUGAUCCACGCGUCCAACGCAUAUCUGACCAUGGGAAUGACCGAAGAGGCACUGAAGCUGUCGAAAGAGAGGCUGGAGGUCUUCCAGAAGAAUGCUGAUUUUGAAAGCGAAGUCGUAGCGCAAUCCUCCAUCGUCUCAGUCUACGUGAACUCCGACCGACUUCAGGAGGCCGCGGAUGUGGCCGAAGAGACGCUCCGGAAGAUCCGGAAGCGCAGCUCGACGCGGCUUCUGAAAUGUUGGGAAAAUGAUUUGCUGCAGACCCUGGCGAAGAUCUACCUGAAAGCCGAGGAUGCCGAACGAGCGGAGCACACCAUCGACCAAGCCAUGAAAUUGGCGGACGAGCAGAAGGACCGGAAGUCCCUGGCUGCGUGCUACUUGCUCCAGUCUGAGCUGGCGCUCCUGAAGAAGGAGAACCGACUGGGCCUAAAGGCGGCCAUGAAGUCCAGGGACCUGUCGCGGAAGACCGGCACCAAGAAGGGCGAGGCUUCAGCCUUGCUGCAGCUGUGCUCGGCCUAUUGUGCGCGAGGGGAACUGAAGCGAGGCGCCGCAGUGACGGUGGAAGCCCAGCGGAUCUUCAAUUCCGUGGCCGACCGCGAAGGGGAGGCGGAUGCCUUGCGGAUGCAGGCAGAGGUUAGGAUGCAUUUGAAUGACUUCACCCGCGCGAUCGCCGCCUCCCGGAGGUGCCGCGAGCUUCAGAGGGAGAUGGGAGAUCGCAAAAGUGAAGCGUGGGCGUGUAUCCAGCUAGCGCAGACUCUGCUCUCGGCAGCCUCUGAAGAAGAAAAGCAGGAGAUGGAUCGACGGGCCAAAGCCAAGGAGGAGAAGGCCAAGAACGAGGGCAAGGUCCUGGAGGAAAAGGCUGAAACCGAUUGGUUCCAAGCAGAGACCCAGGUGGCUGAAGAAGACGAGGAACGACCCGCGCGGGCCGCUUUCGAGCGUGCCUUGCAAUCUGCGAAAGAUGCGCUCCAUAUCUCAAGGCCCUUGGAGGACGAUCAACUCCUCGUUCGAGCCCUGUUGUCGCUGGCCACCGCGCACAUGAUGUCGCUGGAGCCGGAGGACUCGCACAAGUGCAUUGAUGAAGGCAUGCCGCUGGCACAGACGGUCAGCGAUAGCUCCGCAGAAGGGCAUUUCUUCCUGCUGAAAGCUCAACUUGCGGAAUUCGACGGCGCCAAAGGAUAUCCUCAGGCCAAAGAGUUUGCCAACGAGGCCUUGAAGCUCUUCCAGAUGCAGCAUGACGAGUCUGGCGAAGCCGCUGUGGAAGCCAUCUUGAAGAGGAUCACCCCGAAGACCGUGGGCGUUCGCCCCACCAACACCGGCGGUGUGAGCUACUUCGCCGGCGAGGGCGAGGAAAUGGAAGAGUAUUGGGAGGAAGAAGUCUACGAAGAGAUCGUGGGAGGAGGUCCUGUGGCCGGUGGGCAGGGUCAAGUUCAGCCCUACAGUGGGCCCACCAAAGAGGAGGUGGUGUCCGUGGUCAGUGAUGUGGCUUUGGGCCUCAUCGGAGUUGAGUCUCUCGACAACGAUGAACCUCUCAUGGAUGCUGGCUUAGACAGUCUCGCAGCCGUGGAGUUUGGGAACACACUGGCGAAAGAGUUUUCAGGCAUUGCCUUGCCUUCGACCAUGAUGUUCGACUUCCCCUCGGUAAAGCUCUUGUCGGAGUUCAUUGAGAGCAGCAUGCGCGAGAACCACGAAAAGGCACAAGCAAGCCUCCAGAAUGCUCCCAGCGGCGCCGGAGCAGGACAAGUGGUGAAGCGCACCCGUAUGGUGAAGAAGUUCCGCCCCAAGCCACGGGCGGCGCGGCAGGCGCCGCCACGGCAGAUGCAGUUUAACCAGGUCGCCGAGCCAAUCCAGAUUGUGCAGCCCAUGAUGCAGGGCGGCACGAUGGGUGGAGCUCCAGCGGCGAGCCAGCAGCUGGCGAGCGGGCCAGGGCCAUACAAAGGCCCGUCGGUGAACGAGAUCGAGGAGGUCGUCAAGGACACGGCGCUUUCGCUGAUCGGUGUGGAGACCUUGGCGAAUGACGAGCCAUUGAUGGAUGCCGGCUUGGACUCCCUGGCAGCCGUGGAGUUCGCCAACGCCAUCUCCAAGGACUUUGUUGGACUGCAGAUGCCUGGGACGCUGAUGUUCGAUUACCCCUCAGUGAAGACCUUGACUCAGUUUAUCGACGCGGGGCUGAGGGAAGCCCACGAGCAGCCCCUGAUAACUCGUGUUUUUUUGGUCGCUUUGGAAGAACACCUGGGAGGACGGAAGGACCAGGCUGUGGAGGUGCCGGUGGGCAGAGGACCGACAGAGUUGGGUGCCAUGCGACAAGUCCAAGGGCAGCUUGAGGAUAGUGUGGGCGAGAAGGUGGAAGCUGAAGAGAUCAAGGCCUUGGCCGUCUACCUCUCCGGGAUGGUCUUGAACUCCAUCGAAGACGUCUUCAGCGAAGCCAAGAAAAUCCAGACGUGGUUCGAGCAAAUCAGCAAGUUGUUCAACAGCGCCGAGGCGCCAAUCUCUUGGAUCUCGCCGGUGGGCUUGGCGUGUGCACAGCCCUACCACAAGCCCAAAGUGGUGGUCAUCAGCUCGAAGCGCCAGACGGUGAGCCUCCGGACGGGCGAUGAUGUGCCCAUCAACAAGAACAAGCAGCGGAUGGGCUUUCCUCCCAACUUCAUUCAUUCCUUAGAUGCCUCGCACAUGAUGAUGGUGGCGGAACGAUGCCAGCAACGGCAAAUCGCCUUUGCAGCGGUGCACGACUCCUUCUGGAGCCAUGCAGCAGACAUCCCUGUGCUGAACGAAGAGAUUCGUGAAGCCUUCAUCGAGCUUUACCAGAAGCCAGUGCUGCAGGACUUAUACGAGGACCUUUGUGUACAUUUGGGAGGUCCAACUGUGCCUGAAGUUCCCUUGCCAGGAGAGCUGGACGUGUCCGUGGUGCGUGAGAGCAGGUAUUUGUUUUCCUGA